UUUUUUUUUCACAACGUGCAUUUUUCAUUACCUUCGGUGAAAAGUAUUUAUCGUCUUGGUCUCUCACACGCUGUAUCGCACUGGCCUGGGCCUAAGGUUGACCCCGGUGGUGACAAAAUGGUGUAACUGGAGGCAUGCAGGCAGGUUGGCCUGGAUCCAAAGUUGUUGCCAGAGAAAGGCAGAAAUGUAUGCACAGAAUUAGCGUGAAAUUAACCAUAAUGAAUAAAUCAAGAAAUCCAAAAACACGGAAUAUUUUGUGGAGGAAUGGGAUCAUUUAUUUCAUCCCGUCUAUUUCGUUGUUCACGUUAAUAAAUGUGUAAACAUAGGCAUUCCUUCACUUAUCAUCCAUUCACUUUUCUAGUCCUAGGUCCCGUAGCCCCGUCCGACCUGGGGCGUACCCUGACCCAUGAACACCUGAUGUGUGACACCUUACCGAUCCGAGCAGACAUCCCCUGUCCUCCCUUCCUCCCUCACAUGAACGACCUGCCCUUCACCAUGGACAACCUGGGCUUCAUCAGACAAUACCCGUGGAGCUACCGGGCAAACGCAACUUUCUAUGGGGAGGAACAACACAUCAUAGAAGAGCUGAAGUUCUUCAAGCAACAUGGAGGUGGCUCCAUUGUGGAAUGUACCACUCUGGGUCUGAGGAGGGAUGUGAAGAUGCUCAAGAAGAUGUCAGAGGAAUCAGGAGUUAACAUCAUUGCUGGGGCUGGCUACUAUGUGGACUCCUCCCUGCCACCAGAGGUCCACAGUGCCAGUCAGGAGGACCUGGUGUCUACCAUGGUCUGUGACGUCACCCAGGGGGCUGAUGGGACUGACGUCAGGUGUGGGGUGAUUGGAGAAAUUGGAACAUGCUGGCCAAUAACAGCUACAGAAAAGAAGACCCUCCAGGCUGCAGCCAUAGCUCAGUCUGAGCUGGGUUGUGCAGUCAUCAUCCACCCUGGUCGAGAUAAGCAGGCACCAGCUGAGGUCAUCCGCAUCCUGGCAGAGGCGGGAGGAGACAUCAGCAAGACAGCAAUGUCUCAUCUGGACAGAACUUUCAGUAAGAAUGAGGACCUCUCAGAGUUUGCCACCCUGGGCUGUUACCUGGAGUUUGACUUGUUUGGGAUCGAGACAUCACUUUAUCAGUUGGCUGUAGACUUUGACAUGCCCAGCGAUGCCCAGCGGAUCCAGAUGAUCAACCAUGUGAUACAGGAGGGAUGUGAGGAUCGCGUGGUGAUCGCACAUGACUUGGCCAACAAACACAGACUUAUGCAUUACGGAGGCCAUGGCUACUCCCACAUCCUCCUCAACGUUGCACCCAAGAUGCUGACAAGGGGCAUCUCUCAAGAACAGGUGGACAAGAUCCUCAUCAACAACCCCAGGAACCUUCUUACUUUUAAGUGAAGAACUGAAGAAAUCUAAUGUUCCUUAUACAUGUACUUUAUAUAGCAUGCAAAAAAAAGACUGGUAAAGAAACUUCAAUAAUGUGGCUACGAUGUGUAAAACUAGUAGAACUGCGCUGUAACAGAAACGAUGAAUAAACAUCCUUCGGAUGUACAUUUAUGUUUAUAAGUACAGGCAACCUGUAUGUACAAGAGGUGAAAGGCAAACCUCUACAUAAGGGCCACCUGGCUAAUGUGACCAUUUAUGGAUGGUCUCUUACAUCUUUUUUCCAUUGACACAAGCAUU